AUGAAAACAAAUGCAAUCUCUUUCUUGCUCGUUGUAGUAGCAACAUUUGUUGUUGUUGUUGUUGUUGUUGCUGAUGUAAACCAAAAAGUGUAUGAUGCCGACGGAGAGCCGAUCAAGACCAACGUUCCGUAUUUCGUAAGCUUCAUGACAUUGGAAUACGGAAUGUGGAUUUGCAGAAUGAAUAUGGGAGCUGACCCCAUGUCCUGCCCGCAACAACCGGUAAUGUUCACUGAUCCAAAUAUAGCACCAACACCAAUUAUGUUUGUAUUACCAUCGUCAUCAUCAUUAUCAAAUUCAUCGGAUGUUAACGUCGUGCAUGAAUCAACCGAAGUUAGCAUUAAGUUCGCAAGCCGUGAUCGUUGUAGUGAGUCCGGUUUUUGGAGAGUUGUUCAGAAUAACACGAGCUCACAAGGAGAAGUGGUCUUGACCGGGUCUAAGUCGAGCAGUGACAGUACCUUCACCAUCGAGAAACCUAACGAAUAUUACACUUUUAUUUUCGGGAGUAAUGAUGAUCGGACAACUAUUAGUAUAUCUAACGGACCAAUCUCGAGGCUGAUAUCGACCAGGUUUUCUGGAGAGAUGGAGGUUUAUUUCUACCGGGCUACAUUUUAA